AUGGCUGCAUCGCUGGACCUUGCUAGCUUGCAAUCCAUGGCAAAGACGCUUCAAGGCAGUUUUUUGAGUCAGGUGUUGGUGCUACUGUUUCUCGUGCUGGUGCUGCGCUACGUGGCUGCAUUCUGGCGCACCGGGUUGUCACCGUAUGAGGUGCAGACGUGUCCGCCCAUCAACCCGCAUGUGCACUAUCGCUAUGGGGUAUCGCAGAUGCAGGGGAGAAGGCCAUAUAUGGAGGAUCGACACACAGCUAUAUCAGACUUGAAUGGAGACCCAAAGCAAAGCUUUUAUGGCAUCUUUGAUGGCCACGGAGGCGAGGGAGCUGCAAAUUAUUGCGUGCAGGCAAUGUGUCAGAAUGUGAUCCGAGAGCCGAUGCUUACUAAGGAACCUGUAGAAGCUUUGAAGAACGGAUUCCUGCGUACAGAUCAAGAGUAUUUACAGAUUGCUAACCACAAGAACUCAGAGGAUGGAACGACGGCAGUUGUAGUGCUUACACAGGGCGAUGAGAUGUUUGUGGCACAUGCGGGUGAUUCUCGAGCUAUAUUGGUACAUCGUAGUGAAGGUAUCCUUGCUGUGUCCCGGGCGAUUGGCGACCGCAUGCUCAAGCCGUUCGUCGUUGCAGAACCUGAAGUGAAACAGUUUACACGAACGGAUGCAGAUCGCUAUGUUGUGCUAGCUAGUGACGGAGUGUGGGAUACGGUCUCGAAUGAAGAUGUAGCUCAACUGGUACUCAAAUACGAAGACCCACAGGCUGCAGCUCAGCGCAUUAUGGAGGAAGCAUACGCACGAGGAAGUAUGGACAACAUUUGUGCAAUGGUGAUUGACUUGAGAGCAGAAAAGAUAGAAUGUUCUGCCACUGAUAGAUAA